AUGUCCAAUGCCCUCGAAAUCCUUACUCGGCUCGCCGACUUAUGGGUUGUUGGCAAGUGUAAAUGCUUCAUGCAACGGUCCAAGUCAACCUCGCAUAUUGACUGUUUCCAACUGGAGCCAUGGGUUGUGGAAGAGCUUAAUGUCUGUGCAGCACUGGGCAGCACAAAGUCUUUCCUAGCAACACAGUCCCAAGCAGAGGCAGCUCUGUACACGGAAAGUCUCGACAGUUUGCAAAUGGAUGGACUGAGUAAUACAAGAUGGAGUGCUACGUUAUGA